AUGAAGUCACCAACACCAUCUGAGUCUUCAUCAACAAAUUCAUCUAUUGUAGGAUCGAGUUCUUCUUCUUCUACAAUGAAGGCAGCCACACCGUCCAACUCGACGUCGUCGUCGAAAAUCAUCCUUUGUCCAGAUGAUCUGCUCGCCGGAAGGAGAGGGUCGCCGGAAGGAUCUGCUCGCCGGAAGGAGAGGGUCGCCGGAAGGAUCUGCUCGCCGGAAGGAGAGGAUCGCCGGCAAGAAGAGAGAGGACGGCAAGGUUGA